AUGGCUGCAACACCAAAAGAAGCGUUUCAGUUAUUUGUAACUCCAGUUAUUAUACAAGAAAUUGUGAACUGUACUAAUUUAGAGGGCAAACGUGUUUAUGGAGCAAAAGGAAAACCGUGGAAAGAUGUAACUGUUGAUGAAUUUCUGCAUUCUGUGGUUUACUUAUUCAUGCGGAAGUUGACAGAAGCUGGGAUGUUCCUGCGAGAGAAUUAUUUUGUGAUGAAUUUGCCAAUCCUGUAUACCGAGCCACAAUGUCCAGAUUUGACGACAAGAGAACCCCCUAAUGCGCGUUUGGGAACCAAUAAGUUAGCAAUGGUGUCCUACAUUUGGGAUUUAUUCAUUCAGCAAUGCAAAACCUGCGUCAUACCAGAUACUAAUGUAACUAUUGAUGAACAACUCGUUGGGUUUAGAGGUAGAUUCACAUUCGUUCAAUAUAUGCCAAGUAAACCGGCAAAAUAUGGACUUAAAAUAUUUUGGAUGUGUGAAUCUACGUCUGGUUAUAUUUUGGAUGGUUUAGUUUAUGUUGGUCGCCAGCCCGGAGAACCUCCACAUAAAAACCUGGGGCUUGAAGUAGUACAAACUCUUGUGCGUGGCAUUCAUAAUUCUGGUCGCAAUCUCACGAUAGACAAUUUCUUCACUAGUGUUCCGCUAGCAACUUAUCUGUUGGAUAAAAAUAUUACUGUUGUGGGUACAUUACGUCAGAAUAAGCGUGACAUUCCGAGAGAAAUGAAAGCCUCAAAAGAUCGUGUAGUUCAAAAUAACGUAUGCAUGGGCAGUGUUAACAUCAUGGAUCAAAUGGUGUCGACAUACACGUGCAAGAGGCAAAGUAAACGAUGGCCCAAUACAUUUUUCUUCAACAUCAUCGAUGUUGCAGCACUACCCAAACUACAACAUAGGAGUGACUCACAAACGCAGAAUGUUUUUGAAAGAUUUAGUGAAGGAAUUAGUGAUACCACAUAUGCAGAGAAGAUCUACUAA